CGUCGGAUACAGUGUGUCAUCGCGAGGCGAGUGGCCGACGUACGCGCCGUCGCCUCCUUCCUUCCAGAUCCACGGCGAGCCGCCAACGAGGAAAACAAAAGGAUGGAAUUGAAAUCUGAUGCACCGCGGAAAAGCGAGUUACUUGCCCUGAGCAAAUAUAACGUUAAUCAUAAAGAUAAACCAACUACAGUAAGAAAUGAUUAUCCGAUGCCCCCUGUCCCUUGUUUUGAACUUACUGAGGAUUUUGAUUUGGAAAAGGUUGAGGAGUUAAUGCUAGAAAGGGAUAUUAAGAUCGCCAAGUCCAUGGCAAACGACAUAAUCAUCCCAGACCCUGCUCCAAAGUUUGUGGGUGAUGCCUUCUUGGACAUAUAUGCCGAAUUGGAGCACAUCCUUGUAAAGGAUAGUGUCCAGUGCUUCCUCCGAUUUUUCGUGAACUGUGAAGGCCGGGGCAUAUCAUCUUAUCUUACCAUCACCGCACAAACCUUAACCUUCAUUGUCAGUUUCAACGCCCUGCGAUGUGCAAAAGUCGUAUUGGAGGGCAUGGCACCUGAGCUCUAUGGGAUGCACGCCAAUCCCAACUGCAUAAAUAAAUAUGGAUACUUCGUGCUCCACGAAGCUGCUGAAAGGUUCUCUGUUGACAUGAUCAAGCUGCUUUUACGCCAUGGUGCAUCAUCCAAUGUGCGCACUAUUGGCAAUGAUGUCAUUGAGAAUCUACUCCCGCUCCAUGUCGCAAUUGAGAAUACUUGCCUGCAUAAGUAUCUUGAGGACAAUCUGGAGGACAAUCUUUCUCGCAGCCAGAAUCAUCUGGAUUAUAUCUACAAGCUUAUUCAUCUGCUAUGUCUACCUGAAAUGAAGAUCUUCUUGGACACAACUAGACUGCUUGCAGAGAAAACAAAUAAUUUACUUCAAGAGCUCUGGAAUUACAUUGAGGAUGGAAAAAUUAUCCAGUCUGCUGUUCUACUACUGGCUGCUCAAGAGCAGAUCCGUGGAGGCAGUUCUUCCAAGAUAAAUGGCAGUAGUAAGAAAAAUGGGUUUGACCUUAUCAGUAACUGUAUAAUGAGGCUUUCAUUUUCCUUGAGAUGGGAGAAAGGUUCACAUGGAAUGGCACCGGAGCUUCUGGAGGAAAGGAAGACACUUACUGAUUGCGCAUGGCUGCUUGUUGAUGUAAUUUCCCAUGCCGGUGAAGAUCUUUCUGCAUACAUUCAAACGCAUUCUGAGGUGCCCCAUGUGGAUGUCUUUCAACAUGUUUCAUCUAUCCUCAAGGAGUAUGGAUUUUGCCCUACUGGAGAUCCCAUGGACACUGUAAACCUCCAGCCUUAUGAGUGCAGAAAGUCAAACGGAGAGUCAUGCAAAGGGCUUAAAAAUGCAAACACGGCAGUUAUGGAAUUGGCCAAUCUGGAUGCUGCAGAGGAAAAGGUCACAACCGUUGGAAAUGACAACCUCUCCCUUAUGGCAUGGCAGCACACCAAAAAAACACAGGCUGUGAGAAAGAAAGCAGGCGGAGGAUGGGAUCCCACAUAUACAAAGAGAAGUUUCUUCCCAUACUGGAGAUCAGUGUUACAAGAUCUGGUUCCUUUGAAGGUGUAUCCAGCCUAUGCAAGCUCAGAUCCUAGUCCAAAUCAUAAACUUGGUCCAAUGCGAAGGACCUCGCCAUUUACAAGCAACAAUCAACCCAUAAGGUGCUUUGUCACUGCUGCUAUUGGUGCAUUCAGGCUCUUGAAGGUGCUAAAAUAGAGUAGAAAGGAGGCUCAACUUCUUUGCGAUAAUUGGGCUCCUCUCCACGGCGUCAUUCGGAAUGAUGCUUGACUUGAUAGCCGCUGAGCAUCACUUUCCUAUGUCCCUAAGCAGUAUUAUUAUAUGUAGUUUUGUAAGGAGCGGCGUGGCCACCAUGAAGGUAUAAGUUGGGUAGAUGCAAGUGGCGCCAUGGAGUAUCCUAUGAAUGGUGUGGUUGGCUGCACCGGCGCGGCGCUAGCGUUCAAGACAAGGAAGACACAGGUGAGACAGGACGAUACUGACGGUGAGACCGGACAAUUUCGCCCUAAAAAAAGGGCGAAGUGGGAUUUUACCAGUUUAGCUCUACCACAUGGCAAUAGAAAAGUAAUACUGUAAUGCAGGUAGAGAAAUGGAAGAAUGCAAGCAUAAAUCACAAGCUUACAUUGCACAGUACUAGGAUGUCUUGAUGUAAUUUAUACUAGUAUUACACUUACACAGCUAAUUCGAAAACAUACUGUAAACCAUAGGUUAUUACUGAA